CGACCAGAGCGCCACCUAUCAGUGGAGGCGAGGAUUGUGCAUGGAGUAGUUUGCCCGUUGAGAAGCAUUGGUGUAUUAAGGUAUUGACAAGACUCUGGAUAUAGUUCUGGUUUCUACUGUAAGACGGAUACAGAUUCUCUAACAUAGCCAUGCCAACCGAAAAAUGCACGUGGUUUGUCAUUUUGGUCGUUAUCACUGGUCUCUUAAAACAGGGUGACUGUUUAAGACCUACCUACAGAGUGACAACCAUCAUGCACGACCCUUACCUGGUCAGUAUACAGCCCAUGAAGGGAUUUAUCCCUGAUCUGCUGGACGAGAUCUCGGAUAUCUUAAACGUUACUCUCGUGCUUGAUCACGUUGCUGAUUGGAAAUUUGGAACUCAAGACACCCUUGGCAACUGGAAUGGAAUGAUCGGCGAACUCACGUCUAACAAAAGUGACAUAGCGGCUGCAGCAUUGACCUUAACGGCUGAGAGAUCACGUGUUGUCCACUUCUCGCAUCCAUUCGAAACGGUCGGGUUGCGGAUUUUAGUGAAGAAGCCAUCGAUGGACAUUCUAACGAAGCUCAUUAAUGAUGAUGCUGGACUCUUUUUCCGACCCCUAACUCUAGGAGUGUGGAUGUCUGUAAUAAUUGGUUUCCUUGUCAUCGGUACUUUGUUUUAUAUCAUCGGCAGGUUUAGUCCCCUUCAAGAUCUGUCAGAAGGCGGCAUAUUAUGGGCACUGUCUGUUACAUGUGGAGUAAUUUCAUUUCAAGGAGCGCGACAUAUUCCAUCGGCCUUCUCCGCACGUGUCCUCGUCUCCAGCGCCUUACUUUUCACACUUACACUCGUCUCUAUGUACUCCGCUACACUUGUUGCCUUCGUUUCGGCAAAGAGGAUUAACAGUAAUGCACUACCGUUUAGUACCUUCAGGGGUAUGUCUUUACAGACUGAGUACCAGUAUGGAACUUUAUUUGCGAGCAGCACUUACAAGUAUCUAACCACAUCUAGCGGAGAGACCGAACGGAGUAUAGCAAUGCAUCUUAAGGAGAAUCCUGCCAAUCUGAUGAUGUCUAUAGCGGAAGGAGUCAAUCGUGUAAAACAAGGAAAGUAUGGUUUUAUUUUAGAGUCGGCGUCAGCCUACCACAUUAGCUCGACAUCGUGCGACAUGAUGGUCGUUGGUGAAAACCUGAGAGAAAGAACAUAUAACUUCGCUUGUAGACAAAACACCAACAUUUGUGACCAACUCAACAUAGCAAUAUUACAACUGAAAAUGAAUGGACGCAUGGACGAGCUUAAAACAAAAUGGUGGAGCGGAAAAUGUGGUUUCUUCCCUAGACAGCAAACGACUGAUGGUGAAACAGACAAUACGCUAAGCAAGGGGACCCAAAUUGACAUGAAACGUUUUACCAUUCCGCUGAUUCUGCUGGUAAUUGGAAUAGUGAUGAGCGUUGUGAUUCUGCUGAUGGAGAUAUACUUCCCCAAAGUCGCCGGGCAAUUGCACACAAAGAGGACAUCUGUAGACACCCAAGGCUUCUCCGGACAGAUGCAUGCCUGAUUGGACCUGUCAACUACAUCGUAUACAUUAUCGUUAUCUCGAGAAUUAUCGAAACAUGUUUUCCCCCCCUUUUUUUUAAAUCGUAUCAUGUACUGAUCACCAACGGAAUUAAACCCAAACCACAGAAGCAACAAUGUUCAUCUAACAUCUAUUAAAAAUGGCGAUAACACUCGAAA